AUGGUUGUGGUUUUCCAACAAUGUGAGGGUUGCAUACAAGCAUGGGAUUUAUUUUCCAGUAGUGCUCAUAAUAUUCCAAAGGCUCAAGCUCAGGCUCAUCAUGUUCAUGAUGAAGAUUCUAACCACAACCAGUCCCAGAUGGAACAAGAUUAUCAUACUAGAAGAGAAUGUGGUCCACAAUCUGCUGCUGAAUAG